GGAUCAGGCCGCACGAAGAUUGUUUCCCGGGCGUAUUAAAGAGACAACGUAGGGUGCGAUGUGAAUGCGGAGGGGCGAGAUUGACAGGAUCGACUAGCGCAAAAAGGAGAAAAAAACUAUAGUAUUAGUCGUAGUCUACACUUCUUACGAGAUGCUGGUGGUAAUGCACAAUUUCGUUAUUUCCUUGCCGCCAGAACACACCCAGAAGAAGGACGGUCGGCUGAUUUGGUCGUUUGAGCCCACUGGACCACCGUAGUUACGUACGCAGUAGCAGGCGCGUACAGUUCGGUUUUGAUCGCGGAUGCUAAGCUAAUACCAGCUAACGGUUUUUUUUUUUAAACUAAAGUGUGGGAGAUUGUUUCUUUUUCAAUGGAGAGUAUAAAUGCUAAAUAUGUCUCCCAGAAAAUCAGCAAAACGAGAUGGAAACCAGUGUCGUACUCGUCUUUGCAGCACCCAGAUAUCUUUGCGACCGGCUCGUGGGACAACGAGGACAACAAGAUUUCCUUCUGGUCCAUUGGAAAUCAUGGAAGUUCUGGCAUGGAGGACGGAUUUGAAGGAGAUCCACAGCUCUUAUGUGAACACAAGCAUGAUGGAGAUGUUCUAGACCUUCAGUUUCUGGACCAAGACCGCAUCGUCACAGCAUCUUCGACUGGAGCCGUCACCAUCUUCCGCCACCACCAAAACAGUCAGACAAUAUCGGUUUCUCAUCACUGGGCAAGAGCACACCGUUACCCCUGUGACAAUGCCCCCUGUACCGGUGUUGUGUGCAGCAGCCCCGAGAUUGUUACGGUUGGCGAAGAUGGCAGGAUCAUCGUCUUCAGAGCCGACCAGGAGGGAGUGAUUCGAGUCAUAGAGAAUGCAGACAGCAGCACGAUUCACGCCGUGACUUACCUGAGGACAACAGAGAUUUUGACAGUGAACUCUAUCGGCCAACUCAAGCUGUGGGAUUUCAGACAACAGAGCAACUCACCAUCCCAGAUUCUCUCCCUGUCAGGGGAUAGAGUUCCUCUGCACUGUGUGGACAGACAUCCAAACCAGCAACACAUUGUGGCCACAGGAGGCCAGGACGGCAUGCUCUGUGUCUGGGAUGUGAGACAAGGAAACACUCCCUUCUCACUCAUGGAGGCGCACUCUGCUGAAAUGUGGGAGGUCCACUUCCACCCGACCAACCCAGACCAUCUGUUCACAUGCUCAGAGGAUGGCUCGCUGCUGCACUGGGAGACAUCCACACAUUCAGACAUGCCCUCCUUCCUACAAGGUGGCAGGAACAGCAGCAUGAUCUCUCGCAGCGCAAUGGCUCCGGCCGGAGGGAACCAGUCCCUCGUCAGCGCCUGGCUGAGCGGAGACUCCAGUAAAGGCCGUCUGGAGACGAGUCACAUGCUGCCCAGCCAGACGCUGUCGGUCAACAGCUUGGACGUACUCGGACAGUGUCUUGUCUGUGGGACUGACGGAGAGGCUAUUUUUGUCAACAGACAGGUCCCAGUUUAGAGAGUUGUUAGUGCACCGGACAAGAUGCUUAUUUUGCAGUUUUGUUGUCUGCUGUGAGCAUACAGGGAGCCACGGAUACCGUAUGUUCAAAAGUGUGCUUGUGACACUUUGGCUUUACUUGUGUAUUUUUCUGUUAAAUGUUUCAUACACGUUUUGCGGUUUCAUUGAUGGAUCAUCAUGGGUCAAGGUUUUUGUAAAUCAUUCCAAGCCAGGUAUUUCAAUUCAGCAGUACUUUUUGUAUGGAUGUCAUUUAGAACAAUUUUGUAAAUGAAUAAAUAAAAAGCCCUUAUACAAAUGUCGAACGAGUUCCUUAACUGUUUUCUUAAUACAGAAAAUCAAUGUUGAUUAUGGUUAGUUUUUGUUUUGUUUUGUUUUAACGCCACCACAGGUGAAUAUUGUAGUUCUGUUACUAUAUUUACAUGUGGAGUUUAAAUUACCACGGCUGUUGUACGGCAAACGUAAAAUCUACCUUACCAGUUCAGACCAGUGGUGAACCCUGGUGCGGGUGAAAAGAUGAUUCAGGGAUGAAGUGAAGGCUGAAGAAGUUGCAUCCGGGGAACUUGUGUCACGUUUCCCUGAGCUUCACCUUAUAAUCCCUGCACUACCGUUUACGGUCUGUCUUCUAAAAUCAAAGUUAUCAGGAUAUCGGUGUGAAGGGCUCAGUGUGUCUCAGAUUAGCAUGAUUUUCUUCAAUGAAAUCUAACAAACAUAAACCUCACAGAUUUAGGUUGUUUCUGAGGGGCACCAUUUUAAUUUAAAACCCUUCCUUCCUUCACGUGUGUUUUUUGUUUUUGUUU